CGCCUCGCUAACUGGCCAUUGUUGUGUACAGGUUAGGCGACCAUUGCCAUCCCUACCAGUUCGCGAAACGGCCAAGUAGUAAGUACACGAGUUUCGCGUAAAAGCGAAAUUUGUGGCGUACAUAUCCUCCCUUGGUAACUGACCGUAUUUACCGACCGAUCGAUCUGUGGCCAGUUACCAAGACGGUAAUACACGUGUGUUGUUAUCUUGUCGAGGCUUCGAUAACCUUAACGUCGCUUCUUUUUCGUUUUUUUUUUCCCUCCUUUCGUUUCCAUUUGAAUUAGAAAUAAUUUAACGCGCACGUCCAUAUGUGUUCCAACGAGCAACAUGUCAACAUACGAGGAAAUAAAACAAAAUUUAGAAAUCCAGAUCAGCGAACUGGAAGUGUUGCAGUCUAUUUAUCCAAAAGAGUUAGUAAUUGCGGAUUAUGGAGUGCUGGCUGAUGUCAACGAGUUUGUCAGAAACCCGAUGCAAGAAAUGCCACAAAGGCUGGAAUACUCCGUUCAUAUACCGCUGAGUAACAGGCCUAUAGAGUUAUUAAUUAGUCUGUCGUCUAAUUAUCCAAAGGAAAAGCCAGAGAUUUACGCAAGGGGCACCUCCCUAAAUCGAAGUCAACAAUUGUCUUUGAACCAGGCGUUGAAUAGCGUCCUUGAACGUCAGGAGGACAACGAGCCCUGCAUCCAUGUAUUAAUAACAUGGCUGCAGGACAACGGGGAAGAAUUUCUCAAAGAGUCCACCCAAAGUUUAAAGAGAAAAGACAGAGACACAAGCAACAUGCCUACAGACUUCGCCAGAUACUGGAUAUACAGCCAUCACAUAUAUAGUAGAUUUAAAAGGAAAAAGAUAGUCGACCUGGCAAAAAGCAGCUCCCUCACAGGUUUUUGUCUGGCAGGAAAGCCAGGUGCGAUUUGCAUAGAAGGUGCCUUAGAAGACUGUGACUAUUGUUGGCAUGAGAUUAAGUCUCUGAAGUGGCAAAAGAUAACAUUGAAACUGAUUGAAAAGGAACAAGAUUGUAAAGACAUAAACGCGAUACGUAAAUUCGAGAACUUUAAGGAAAUAUUAUUCACUAAUGACGGACGGCAAAAUAACUUGGGCCAGAUGUUAAAAUAUUUGGCGGAUCACGAGUCUCAACAUACGUUUAGAAGCCUAUUUGAUAUUGAAAGUAAAAUGGCAGCUAAAUCGACCGAUUGAUGAUUAACGAUAGGCAACCGUCGCGACUCUAACAAUUUUGUUAUAGAAAAUAAAUAUAUUUAUAAUGAGACGAUA